AUGUGGGUUUCCGGCUCUUACGAUAUCUGCCGCAGGUUGACCGAGAUUCUCGCACAAUCCAGCAGUCACCAAGGUAAGGCAAUCCUCCUUCGAUAUGACCAUACUUAUUAUUGCGAUCCAAAUUUUUUUUAUCUGCCCUCCUCACUCGGCCGCCUUCGAACAGAUGGCAAUCCUAUACUGGCUACGCUCUGGGGCAAGAAGUCAGCGGGCCCAUUCAACUUCAUGCAUUCUGGUUACGGCCUAGGCGGUGCCUUGGCGCCGUUAUUGCUGACUCCUUUCACACAGUUUACCAACUCCUCUAAAAAUUCGGAUUCAGACGUUGUUACAACAGCUGCAAACAAUUACACUGCUUCAGUACGAGCAUAA